UGCAAUUGUAAUUUCUUUGUGGCAAUUUCACCAGCACUAGAAUCAAAAUACAAAACGCAGAAAGACAAAAGAAUUACAUUAAUUUAAUAAAAACAAUUAAAGAUUAAAAAAACAAAAGAAAAAAUCCUUAAUAUUGACAAAAUGCAUCAUAUAAUAGUGUUUAUAUUUUUAAUCACCGGUUCCUGUAAUACGCUAUUAAUCAAAUGGACUAAUACCAUGACCGGAGUGUGCAAUGAUGGUAUCUGGCGUUAUUUCCAACAUCCGGUAGUUUUAACAUUUUUAAUGUUUGCUGGUGAAUUUCUUUGUUAUGUACUUUAUAAAACAAUUUUCUGUUUUCUACGACAACGUAAUAAUGGUUCUGAGGAUACCAAUCCGUUGACUAGUGGCGAUCGUGAAUUUAAGCCUUUAAACAUGCUUUUGCCGGCUUUUUUGGAUGCUAUAUCGACUAUAUUGUUUCUGACGGGUCUAUAUUUAACCUAUGUAUCCAGUUUUCAAAUGAUAAGAAGUUCUGCUAUCAUUUUUGUUGGCCUAAUGGGUUCUAUACACAUGAAUCAAGCUUUAAUAGGACGUCAUUGGUCGGCUAUUAUCACCAUUAUAUGUGCUAUUAUUAUAAUUAUAUCCAGCGAUAUACAGCGUGUUAUCUCUGAUCACAAUUCUUUGUCACAUAUAAAUUCCAAUGCUGUUCUCUCGGGCGAUUUAAUGAUUAUAUGUGGGUCUAUCUUUCAGGCUGGACGCAUGGUGUAUGAAGAGAAAUUCUUAAAAGCUUGCCAUGUACCCAUUUUACAGGCUAUUGGUUGGCAAGGUUUAUUUGGUUUAUUCAUCACCUUAUUGCUGGGCGUAUUUAUGAAUUUCCUACCCACACCUAUAAUUCCCUUUAAUGACAGUUCACGCGGUGUGUUUGAUGAUCUUAUGGAUGUUUUCAGUCAAUUACGUAGUAAUCCUUGGCUGGUGGUAGCUUUAAGCUUAUUUAUUGUCACUUCUUUACUCUACGGUUACACUUCUCUGUGCAUUAUACGUUUCUCUUCGUCGGCCAAUUUGGUUUUAGCCGAAAGUGUGCGUUCGUAUUUAGUUUGGCUAAUAGCCUUGCUGCUCGAAUGGGAAUAUUUGAAUUUGGUAUCGAUUAUUGGUUUCUUAAUCUUACAAAUGGGUUUAAUUACUUAUCGUAGAGCUAUUCUUUUGGAAUGGUAUCGUUCGUUAGUGUUGCGUAUAUGGCGUAAUCGUUAUAAUGAUAUGCCUGGCGAUCCUACAGCAGGCUUAGGUGUGGGUACCGCUGGUAGCGAAGUGCCCACUAAUCGUCCGGCUGAUAUUAUUUGAACGAUUUUAUGGAAAUUUCUUUUUUUGUGGGCAUUUUUUCUGAAAACUUUUAGUUGUGAUAUGCAGGUAAUAAUAUCAAUUAUCAAAUAAAAAUGAAUUCGAAAAGAAAAUAAAAUCUUUAAAAAAAAUCCGACUUUAAAUUUUUGAAAAGAAAAUUAGAUGUAUUUUUAAUAAAAGUAUGUUUGUUUGAUUGUUUUGAAGAAUGAUUCUCAAUAAAAUUUGAAAAAGACUUGUUUGUAAUGUAUGGAAUUUAAUAAUUCUAAUUAGUGAUUUAAUUUAUAAAUAAAGUUUAAAGAUGUAUUUACAAAAUAAAAAAAAAAUGUGAAUUAUUA